CCCUGUUGUCUAGCAGCAAUUAUUAUUGUUUAGAUAAACAAAGUAAUCUUAAAAAAAUUAUAACAAAUUUACAAAAAAUGGCAGCAAAUCCGGAUGAACCAUUUGAAAAUCCGGAUUUUGAUGAGGAAGAAGGCGAAGAACAAUUUGUACCCACAAAUGCUGGUCGCAAGCGUUUGUUUAGCAAAGAACUGCGUUGCAUGAUGUACGGAUUUGGUGAUGACAAAAAUCCUUACACCGAAAGUGUUGAUCUUUUGGAAGAUUUGGUUAUUGAAUUCAUUACCGAAAUGACACAUAAAGCCAUGGAAAUCGGUCGCACAGGUCGAGUACAAGUUGAGGACAUUAUUUUCUUGGUGCGCAAAGAUCCUAGAAAAUAUGCCCGUGUCAAAGAUUUGUUGACCAUGAACGAAGAGCUGAAGAAGGCCCGCAAAGCUUUCGAUGAAAUUAAAUAUGUUGGCAGUGAAGCCAAAAUUAAAUGACAGAAAUCCAAAUAGCCCACGGUCAAUAAUGUUUCUAGUAAAUAAAGGUUUUUUUAAUCCAUUUAAUUGUAUUUCUUUAAUAGUAAUAAAUAUAUAUAUACAUAAGUUUUAUUUUU